CAUCCUGCUAGUGGUAAGUUGGCAAUGCUGGCAUGUCGACCAUAGUGAAGUAGCGUGGCCGCGUGUCUUGGAUCUCUUCUUGCUAUCAUGGCGGACACGAAAAAGGUGCCCGAGAAAAAGGGCACUUUCGAGAAAAAACUGAAGAAGAAGGAGCCGAAAGAUGCAUCGAAGAACGUGAUGCGCGAAGUUCGUAUCCGCAAGCUCUGCUUGAAUAUUUGCGUCGGAGAAUCUGGUGAUAGGCUGACGCGUGCUGCCAAGGUGUUGGAGCAACUAACGGGCCAGCAACCAGUAUUUUCUAAAGCUAGAUAUACCGUACGCUCCUUCGGUAUCCGACGUAAUGAAAAAAUAGCGGUUCAUUGUACUGUGCGUGGCGUUAAAGCCGAGGAUAUACUUGAGAAAGGCCUGAAGGUACGAGAAUAUGAACUUAGGAAAGAAAACUUCUCUGGUACCGGAAACUUCGGUUUUGGCAUCCAAGAACACAUUGAUUUAGGAAUCAAAUACGACCCGAGUAUCGGUAUCUAUGGCUUGGAUUUCUACGUUGUGCUUGGACGUCCAGGAUUCAACGUAGCGCACAGAAGGAGAAAAACUGGUAAAGUCGGUUUCCAACACAGACUUACCAAGGAAGACGCUAUGAAGUGGUUCCAACAAAAGUACGAUGGCAUUAUUAUAGCCGGCAAAAAAUAAUGUUCAUACUUUGUAUUUUAUGACUACGUCAUAAAGAUAUUUUCAAAAAA